AUGAAACAUAUCGUUAUGAAUGCGACUGGUGAUGCAAGCAAAUCUAUUGUACCAAGUUUUGUAGUACAAGAGGAAGGAGCGCGGAAAGUAUUAGUGUUUUUGAAUAUUCCUGAAUUGAAAGUAAAACGAUCAUUUCCUAAUAUCUUGAAACUCAUUCCAUCAAAUGGAUAUGAAAAAGAACUUCGCUUUCAAGAUCAAUCAUUUACAUUUACAAUAGAUGUUCAAACGAAAGUGUAUUCAAUGUAUAUUGCCAGAUUACCUGGAGAAAUUGUACCUGAACGUUGCUCAAUUAAGUAUCAACGCGGUGGUUGUUGGAUCACAUUAUUAAAGUUAGAACCAAUGCCGUGGAUGAAUAGAAUCUGUGAUCCACUCAGUCCUGGAUUAGAUAUUCAGGACGAUGAGAUGAAUCAAAAUCCCAUCGCAUCAGCACCAGCCGAAGAUAUACCACUGAAAGAUACAACGAUGCCACGACCAUUCAAUUUAGUGCCUCUUGCUCCUUCGCCAACAAUUCGAACGUCAGUCAAAAAGAUGCCAGCUCCCCCACCACCAUUGACCAAUUAUUAG